UGGAGGGGGAGGUAGAGGAGGGAGGAGGGGUAGUGUUUGUUAGGGUGCAGUCUGCCCAGGGAUAUCACAUGGGACGAUACACCUGUAUCAACAACAACACCAAGGAGCACUCCUCCAUCUACGUCUUUGUGAAAGACCCCCAGAGUCCGUUUCAGCGUUCUAUGGUGAACGGCAUUCUGGUCCGCGUCGGGGAGAACCUGACUUUACCAUGCCUGGUCACCGACCCUGAUGUGACCCCCGUGACCUUACAGACCUGUGACUUACAACCUUUACCCUCCGAUCUCCAUUACCACUUCGACCCCCAGCGCGGGGUCAUCAUCGGCAACGCCAGGAAGGAGUACGAGGGUUGCUACAUAUGCCUGGGCGAGCUGGCAGGUGCCACCGUGAGGUCGAGCCAGUAUACUGUGGACGUACGGCUCGUCCCUGAGCAGCCUCCAGUGAUCAGUCUGUCCCAGAGAGAGAGGGUGAUCCUGAGGAGAGGAGAGCAGUUUGAGAUCACCUGCAGCUCCUCCAACCUCAACCCUGACUUCAGCAUUAAGUGGGACUUCCCUGUUGGAGCGCGUGCCUUCCAGGCCCACACCUCCCACAUCCUGGCUGGUUCCCGUGGUUACCAACGCUCCACCUCCCUCUGGAUCACCUCUGUCAACCAAUCAGAUGCCGGGACAUACCGAUGCCACGCCCAAAACGAGAGGGGCGCCACCACCGAUACCCUGCACCUGGAUGUCCGUGAGCGAGGCUUCAUCAGUGUGCUGGGUGACUCCCGGCCUAGCCAGUCUGCUGUCAGAGAAGGGGAGAGCCUAAGCCUCAGGGUAGAGUUGGAGUCCUACCCCAGACCAGGCACUCUGUCCUGGGCUUACAACGGCAAGAUCCUCCAAAACACCACGGAGCACGUCAUCACUGUGCGACGACACCGAUACAGGUACACCAGUGAGCUGCGUUUGGUGAGGGUCCAUGGGUCAGAGAGCGGGAUCUAUACCUUCCUAGUCAAUCAUGAGGACGCCUCUGUCAAUCAAUCAUUCCCUGUCUAUGUGAACAGUAAGCCUGUCAUCAUUUCCCAGGAGGGACCAGUUGAUGGACAGGUGCGCUGCGUUGCCGCCGGUUACCCGACCCCUAAAAUCAGCUGGUUCUACUGUGAACUCCCCCACACACGGUGUUCCCACCUGACCAACGCCAGCCAACGGGAGCAGCGGGAGGUUGCCACGGUAACGGUAUCAGACUCGGCCUUCGGCAGCAGCGAGGUGGAGAGCCGACUGAACGUCACGAAGGGAGACGCACACACACACUUCCACACGUUGGAGUGUGUAGCGACCGUGCAGGGCGAGCAGGCUUACACACUGUUCUCCAUCAGCGAGCGCACCGUGCCCCAUAAGCUCUUCACCCCCCUGCUGACUGGUGUGGUUGUUACAGCUGUGGUACUGAGCAUCACACUGGUGGUUCUCCUCUACAAAUACCUUCAGAAGCCCAAGUUCCAGAUCCAGUGGAAGGUGAUCGACAGUAUCCACGGCAACAACUACAUCUACGUCGACCCCACCCAGCUGCCCUACGACGCCAAGUGGGAAUUUCCCAGGCAGAAACUACGCUUUGGUAAGACUCUGGGUUCAGGGGCCUUCGGUAAGGUGGUGAGAGCUACAGCCUAUGGACUCUGUUCUGCUGACUCCGUCAUGACUGUCGCUGUCAAGAUGCUCAAACCGAGCGCCCACUCCACCGAGAAGGAGGCUCUGAUGUCGGAGCUGAAGGUUCUCAGUUACCUUGGCAACCACGUCAACAUCGUCAACCUGCUGGGAGCUUGCACUGUGGGAGGGCCGACGCUGGUGAUCACGGAGUACUGUUGCUAUGGAGAUCUGCUCAACUUUCUGCGUAGGAAGAGAGAGACGUUCUUCAGCGCCCAGGCUGCUGAUGGGUACUACCGCAACAUCAACAACCCCCGAGAACCACAGAGAGAUGGGAACGGCAGCAGUUACAUGCCUAUGCGUCCGUCCUCUCAGUCAGAUGAUAAGGGGUGUCUGAGUAUAGAUGAGUUGUCUGUGGACACAGAGGAUCUACUGAGCUUCUCCUACCAGGUGGCAAAGGGCAUGGAGUACAUCACCUCUAAGAAUUGUAUCCACAGAGACCUAGCAGCCAGGAACAUUCUACUGACUCAGGGUAGAGUAGCCAAGAUCUGUGACUUCGGACUGGCCCGAGACAUCACCACCGACUCCAACUACGUCCUCAGAGGCAAUGCCCGUCUCCCAGUGAAGUGGAUGUCUCCAGAGAGUAUCUUUGACGGUGUUUACACCUUGGAGAGUGAUGUUUGGUCAUAUGGUAUCCUGCUCUGGGAAAUAUUCUCUUUAGGCAGCAGUCCAUACCCUGGUAUGCAGGUGGGUUCAGCGUUCUACAGGAUGAUCCAGGAAGGACACAGAAUGAACAGGCCUGAUGUGGCUCCCAGAGAAAUUUAUGACAUGAUGUUGUCCUGUUGGAGUGAGGACCCUCUGAAGAGACCUUCCUUCAGGAAAGUAGUCGAGAGGACUGAACUACUACUGUCAGAACACACCAAGAAUGUGUACCUGAACCUGAGCUAUGGAAGUGUUCCUCCAGACCAGCAGAGGGCAGCGUCUCACAGGCUGAGCUCAGUGAGCAGCACUACGGCCCCGACACAACCGCUACUGCUGAAUACUGCUGACGUGUUUCUGGACUACGACACCGUCUGAAUAAUGGACACACACACACACACACACACACACACACACACACACACACACACACACACACACACACACACCAGACAAACAACAAACACAAAAACACACACAAACAAACAAACACACAUACACACACACAAACAAACAACACACACACACAUCAACAAACAACAUACACAAACAAACACACACACACACACAAACAAACAACACACACACACAAACAAACAACACACACACACAUCAACAAACAACACACACAAACAAACACACACACACACACACACACACACACACACACACGCCAAUUUUCUGGACUCGGACACUGUCUGAAUAAUGGACACACCCUCUCUUUGUCUUGAUCGGUCUGUGAUGCAUUUCAUGUAGUAUGUAACCUUUAUCUAACCUUUAUCUAACCUUUAUGUAACCUUUAUGUAACCUUUAUGUAACUAGGCAAGUCGGUUAAGAACAAAUUCUUAUUUACAAUGACGGCCUACACAGGCCCGCCCCCGGACGACGCUGGGCCAAAUUGUGCGCCGCCAUAUCGGACACAACACAAUAACCUCCACAUUCAUAAACACAUUAACCUCCACAUUCAUAAACACAAUACAAUAACCUCCACAUUCAUAAACACAUUAACCUACACAUUCAUAAACACAAUAACCUCCACAUUCAUAAACACAAUAACCUCCACAUUCAUAAACACAAUAACCUCCACAUUCAUAAACACAAUAACCUCCACAUUCAUAAACACAAUAACCUCCACAUUCAUAAACACAUUAACCUACACAUUCAUAAACACAUUAACCUACACAUUCAUAAACACAAUAAAAUACACAACACAAUAACCUACACAUUCACAAAAUACACAAUACUAAACCCUGAUUGGAUGUCCAGGCCUAAACCCUGAUUGGAUGCCCAGGCCUAAACUCUGAUUGGAUGCCCAGGCCUAAACUCUGAUUGGAUGUCCAGGCCUAAACUCUGAUUGGAUGUCCAGGCCUAAACUCUGAUUGGAUGCCCAGGCCUAAACCCUGAUUGGAUGCCGAGGCCUAAACCCUGAUUGGAUGCCCAGGCCUAAACUCUGAUUGGAUGUCCAGGCCUAAACUCUGAUUGGAUGUCCAGGCCUAAGCCCUGAUUGAUUUACAUUAAUUAAAAAAACAGCAAAGUUGUACAUUCCCCAAGGAUUCUAGGACUUUAGAUAGACCAAAAAAAUAAGAUUGGUAAAUGAGUCUAGCCAGCUAUCUAAACUUGUGGUAAUUAUGGUCUCAUUACUGACCGGGGGCCCCCAUUAAUUUUGUUUGUCACUUUCACUCAGAUAUUAUAUAAAAAAAACUGCAAAUAUUUCUCUCCAUCCUAUGGCAAACUGUGUAUAAUUGCAAGAGAUUAACUCUAUACUGUUUUAUGAAUGUGGGUACGCAGACCAGUGAGCUACUGCAGUCCCUCUUGAUGAGGUCAGAUUUUUUGUAGUGAAUCCAUAGAACCAGGAGUAGGCUCUGUCUGGGGAACAUAGAACCAGGAGAAGGCUCUGUCUGGGGAACAUAGAACCAGGAGAAGCUCUGACUGGGAGACAUAGAACCAGGAGAAGCUCUGACUGGGAGACAUAGAACCAGGAGAAGCUCUGUCUGGGGAACAUAGAACCAGGAGAAGCUCUGACUGGGAGACAUAGAACCAGGAGAGGCUCUGACUGGGAGACAUAGAACCAGGAGAAGCUCUGACUGGGAGACAGAACCAGGAGAAGCUCUGACUAGGAGACAUAGAACCAGGAGAAGCUCUGACUGGGAGACAUAGAACCAGGAGAAGCUCUGUCUGGGGAACGUAGAACCAGGAGAGGCUCUGACUGGGAAACAUAGAACCAGGAGGGGCUCUUACUGGGAAACAUAGAACCAGGAGGGGCUCUGACUGGGAGACAUAGAACCAGGAGGGGCUCUGACUGGGAGACAUAGAACCAGGAGGGGCUCUGACUGGGAAACAUAGAACCAGGAGGGGCUCUGUCUGGGAGACAUAGAACCAGGAGGGGCUCUGUCUGGGAGACAUAGAACCAGGAGGGGCUCUGACUGGGAAACAUAGAACCAGGAGGGGCUCUUACUGGGAAACAUAGAACCAGGAGGGGCUCUGACUGGGAGACAUAGAACCAGGAGGGGCUCUGUCUGGGAGACAUAGAACCAGGAGGGGCUCUGUCUGGGAGACAUAGAACCAGGAGAAGCUCUGACUGGGAAACAUAGAACCAGGAGGGGCUCUGACUGGGAAACAUAGAACCAGGAGGGGCUCUGACUGGGAAACAUAGAACCAGGUGGGGCUCUGACUGGGAGACAUAGAACCAGGAGGGGCUCUGACUGGGAGACAUAGAACCAGGAGGGGCUCUGACUGGGAAACAUAGAACCAGGAGAAGCUCUGACUGGGAGACAUAGAACCAGGAGGGGCUCUGACUGGGAGACAUAGAACCAGGAGGGGCUCUGACUGGGAGACAUAGAACCAGGAGAAGCUCUGUCUGGGAAACAUAGAACCAGGAGAAGCUCUGACUGGGAAACAUAGAACCAGGAGAAGCUCUGACUGGGAGACAUAGAACCAGGAGGGGCUCUGACUGGGAAACAUAGAACCAGGAGGGGCUCUGACUGGGAGACAUAGAACCAGGAGAAGCUCUGACUGGGAGACAUAGAACCAGGAGGGGCUCUGACUGGGAGACAUAGAACCAGGAGAAGCUCUGACUGGGAGACAUAGAACCAGGAGAAGCUCUGACUGGGAAACAUAGAACCAGGAGAAGCUCUGACUGGGAGACAUAGAACCAGGAGAAGCUCUGACUGGGAGACAUAGAACCAGGAGAGGCUCUGUCUGGAAACCAACUCUUCACGUGUAAAUACAUUAGCUUGCUGUGCGUUCAGGGUUUGUUUGAUGUUAAUAGUAUGUGUGUGCGUUGGUUCUGAUGCAGAGACUGUAUGUGAUGAAUGAAGCCAGGUAAAAACAGGCUUCUUCUGUAACGGGACCGUGAACGGCUUGGAGGCUGAGGAUGUUUUCAUACAGUUGGUUGGCUUGUAAUAAAGACAGUACUGGAACUA